AUGGCUGCUAUGUCAUUGAUUCCCCUCUUUGUCACCCUUCUCUUCUCAUCCACAGCAGCCGCCGCCCAAUCACCCUCCGUUAUCGUCGUCGGCGCUGGAAUGUCAGGAAUCUCGGCGGCGAAGACACUCUACGAGGCGGGAAUCAAGGACAUCCUGAUCCUUGAAGCCAGCUCGAGAAUCGGCGGCAGGAUGAUGAAGGCCGACUUCAGCGGCUACACCGUUGAAAUGGGUGCUAAUUGGUUCUUCAGUGGCGGUCCUGUCGCUAACCCGGUCAUCGAUUUGGCGAAGAAAGUCGGCCUCAAAUCUUACCCCAACGACUACUCCAACAUCACCGGAAACACAUACAAACAAGAGGGAGGUUUGUACCCGAAGAAGGACGUGGAAAAGGUGGACGAGGUGGCCGUAGCACGGGACGAGUACUGCGCCAAUUUCUCGAGAAAGUUGUCUGCCAACAAGAAGAAGGACGUCGAUGUGUCGAUUUUGGCCGGACAGCGGCUCCACGGAAGGCCGCCGUUGACGCCCCUGGAUAUGGUCAUAGAUUUCUACCACAAUGACUACGAAGAUGCAGAGCCACCGAAAGUGACGAGCUUGAAGCACACUUACCCUCGUGGCGAGUUCGAGGAGCACGGCGAAGACCCACAUUUCGUCACCGAUCCGAGAGGGUUUGGAGUUCUGGUUCAGUAUCUCGCCAGCCAGAUUCUGAAGAAAGGAAGCCCUGUUCAGCUCAAGCUAAAAAAGGUGGUGAGGGAGAUAGCUUACUCCAAAAAUGGAGUCACGGUCAAAGCUGAAGAUGGUUCGACUUACUCAGCAAAUUACGUCGUUGUCUCCGCGAGUGUUGGUGUUCUCCAAAGCAACCUCAUCCAGUUCAAGCCCAAGCUUCCGAUGUGGAAAAGAAUAUCAAUAUCCGACAUGUCGAUGACGAUAUACACAAAGAUAUUCAUGAAGUUUCCUUACAAGUUCUGGCCAAGUGGCGGACCUGGAACAGAGUUCUUCCUCUACACCCACGUCCAACGUGGAUAUUAUCCACUCUGGCAGCAUCUCGACAACGAGUUCCCAGGAUCGAACAUCCUGAUGGUAACGGUGACCGCGGACGAAUCACGAAGGGUGGAGCAGUUGUCGAAUGAGGCCAUACAAGCAGAGGCCAUGGCUGUGCUGAAGAAGAUUUUCGGGGACAAGAUUCCAAAUCCGGAGAACAUACUGGUGCCGAGAUGGGGAUCCCAUCGGUUUUUCAAAGGAAGCUAUGCCAAUUGGCCAGCUAACUACAACCAAGAAAAGCACGAUCAAUUAGGGGCACCAGUUGGUCCGGUCUACUUUACAGGAGAGCACAACAGCAAUAAGUUCAUUGGUUAUGUGGAUGGGGCUCACUUGGAAGGUAUUGCAACUGCCAACGAUUUGAUCAAGUGCAUCAAGGGAGAGGGCUGCAAAGGCGACAAGAACAUGAAGAUGUAG